AUGGCAAAGGGCAGUCUUUCCUUGAAUCUGAGCCUUUUGGUUCUGCUGGAUAUUCUGGGGGCCACUCUAUCAACUGGUCAAGUCUUUCUGAGUUGUGAAUUAAAGAUCAACUAUCGUAAUCUAAAUGGACAGUGCUCAGUGAAUGAAGAGACUCUCCUUGAUUUUGGUGAUGAAAACCAUAAGGGAAAUGCCACUAUGCUGUGUCCUGCUUUAUCCCACAGCCUGACAGAUAUUUCAGAAGUGAUGUGGAACCUGCAAUCAGGUAACCACCCUUUACAUGUCACCAUAAUAUCUCAACAUAAUCAAGGAGAACCCAUUCAUGGACACUGGGCCAUCAGCACUGAUAAACAGUGUGGCAUCAGCUUUGAAACAUUUGGUAAGACCUGGAGAGAGAGUCAUUCUGGUGCCAGCUGUGCCAUGGGGCAAUUGAGGGAAAACAAGGAACUAGAACAAGGUCUCAGGAAUGUCCUCGUGGGAGAUUUCAGUCUCUGCCUCAAGAAAUUGUCGCCAUACUCCAGAGAAAUGCCAAAAUCAACAAUAAAGGUGCUGGAUACCACCCAGCCUACAAAUGGCACUCAGAGUCAUCCUACAGCGAAUAACCCCCAACAUAAUUCUGCCACCCAGGGUCUGGGUGUCGCCUGGAUCGUGAUUAUAUGUAUAGGAUUAAUGUUAUUGAUCGUAUUCCUUUGUUGUAUGCUGAAGAAAAUAUCAGACCUCCCAUUCCAGAAUGUAGAAAGUAGUGGCAGGAGGAUUGCCAUAAAAAUUCAAGCCUGUUUUAGAUUACAUUCUAAUCUCAGGGCCAGGUGCUCCCUGCUGCUCCUCUUCCUCUGCAACCUGAUCUGCAGUCCUCAUCACCAGCUAUUUUGGGUGACACUUGAACACUGCCCGUGCAUCUUCAGCAAAGGAAGCAAACGCAUUUCUGAUGGAAUCGGGGAAAUCUGUGCUGUUGACUUCGGAGCAGAUGGUGGGAACCCAAGAGACUGA